ACAAAAGAGAAGAGACGGUGGAAGGAGGAGGAGCACGGCGGAUGGUGCAUCGAAAAAUGUCUACUAAUGACACUAAUUUAUUAUCGUUGUGAAUAGUCAUGAAACGCAGGUGAUCAUGGCGGUGUGAAAAGGGUUUGUUUACGUCCACGACGAGCCCGGCUUGAUUCGCGACACGUGGCCGAGAAUUACGACGAUUCGAAACGUUAUAUUCAUCCGCGCUUCAACGCAGAUCUGAAAAGAAUACACGAAAAAAAGAAAGUAAAAAGAACCUCCGAAAAAAGAAACGAGAAAAGAAGAGGUAAAAAAAAAAACAAGUGAGUCGUGUUGUGUUGUUCACCACAGACUACCUGAAAUCAUCCAGCAGUUUGGUGAAUCCUCGUGGGAAGAAAACUUGUCAGAGAAGAAAGAGAGAAACUUAUCUUUUUUUUCCUUCUAUAUAUAAAAGUGUAUCAGGCCCCGGAGGACUUGGGUGACAAUGGCUAGUUCGAGAGUGGAAUGAUAGGAUGCAAGAAGGUAGCACCGCAGUGGCGCUAGCAAUGGUCACCCCUGGCUACGAUCAGGACCCUGCAAGCGGGGUAGCUGACUAUACGACACAUCAAGACCAAGCUCAGUUUGAAGCAGACAAAAGGGCCGUCUAUAAACAUCCUCUAUUCCCAUUAUUAGCGUUACUGUUUGAAAGAUGCGAGCAAGCAACGCAAAGCUCAGACAAUUCAACAUCGGAAAGUUUCAACAUGGACAUUCAGGCGUUUGUCCAACAUCAAGAAAGAGACCGAAAACCAUUCCUAAUCAAUGACCCAGAGAUUGAUGGUCUGAUGAUCAAGGCCAUACAGGUGUUACGAAUUCAUCUGCUAGAAUUGGAAAAAGUUCAGGAACUCUGCAAAGACUUUUGCAACAGAUACAUAACGUGUCUAAAGGGCAAAAUGCAGAGCGAAAAUCUACUUCGCAGCGACUACAGUCAUCAGGGACACGAUAUGGGUCCUUCGAGCGGCAGCAACGGAAGCAGCCCUCUACAGGUGCUGUCAUCUACAGGCAAUGAUGUUGAGUCGGGAGCUAACGGACUCGGAGUGAGCGGGGGGGAUCUACUGUUGGAGAGUAGUGCGGGUAUUUUGGCGAUUCACGGAGAGAGGGGUAAUGACCGUCCCUCUUCCACGCGGUCGUCAUCCGCCACUCAACACUCAAACAGAUCUAGCAGCCAGGACAACGAUGAUCCACCCUCGCCAUCGAUGGUCCAUGGUAGCACUCCCCUUUCACAGAUCGGGGCUCACCCUAACGCAUCUGCAAAUGACAUGUAUCUCGGUCAAGAUAUUACUGUUGCAGGCUCCCCAUCUCCAGCACCGAGUGAAGAUGAAGACGAAGGUUGUGGUACAACAACUUCCGGUCAUAGUGGCGGUCACAGUAGCGCUAGAAAGGGAAGACAAAAACGAGGUGUCCUUCCGAAACAAGCCACCAGUAUUAUGCGGUCUUGGCUUUUCCAACACUUGGUUCAUCCAUACCCGACGGAAGAUGAAAAACGACAAAUUGCAAGCCAAACGAACCUAACGCUUCUUCAGGUUAAUAACUGGUUCAUUAAUGCCAGACGACGAAUUUUACAACCGAUGUUAGAUGGUGCAGGAGCAGAGGCGAUACCUCGUGCUGGCAAGCGACACAAAGUUGCCAAACACGUCGCGCAGCAACAGCAACCACAAAGCCAACAACAGUCAGGCUGGCAGUCGGAAGAUUCAGGGAGUGACUCAGGUACCAGCGAUGGCGAAGUUGAUGUCGAUAGAACUAAAGAUGGCAAUGAUAGCGACGAAGACGAUCUUCACUGACCUCUGUCUACUAAAAGAAACGUCGGCUCUCCGCGGUAUCUUCACACCCAGUUGCUCACUACAGUAUUAAGGCAUUCGACGUUAUAUUUUGCUUUAACUGUCCGAUACGUAAUCAUUCUUGCAAGUCGGGGACAUGUAGGUCAAGUAUAUCAAGCUCUUCUAUUAUCAUGAAUCUUAUAUCGCAUUUGUUUGUUAAUUGUUCAUAGCUGUUUGCGACUACACACUUGUGAUUUUCGCACAUUUCCUUUAUUUCCCCCUGUUUACUCUACGGUAUUAGUAAAAUUGUUUAUUACGAGUUACCAACAAAUAUGACUGAAGUUUAACAAUUUGUCGUAAUAAAUAAAUAUACUUUGCUCAUUUGAUUUUAGUUUUUAUAAUUUGGUCAUUUACAGUACUUUAUGCCUUCAUAAAUUAGUGUUUAAUAUUGUGCCAUCGAAGAGCAUGGUAACUUGGUUACUUGUCGAGACAACCAGCUCUGCAUCGUCGUCACGUAGCAAAGUGCUGUCCCUCCAUGAUAAUAAUAAUAACUACUUAAAUUAAAAAUAUAUGAGUAUAUUUUUAAACUCUAAGUGUCGUCUCUGUGCAUGUACCACAGCUUGCGGGCUGGUACUGCUGUACAUAGUAAUACAUACUAAACUAAACCUAUUACUAAGUAAUAACGUUGAAACGAUAAAUAUUAACAGUUCGUAACGAAAAAAUUUUUAAUAUUACGCUGCAUUAACGGAAGACAUACGACGUGACGACACGCACACGCCACGCAUAGUUGAUAGCCAUACGCUGUCUACAUAUGAUAAUUACCGUUUUAAAUCAAAUAACUUCUGAUACGUUUUUUAAUGAAAAUCAACUUAUGAACAAAAAAUUAUGAUUUGUAUUAAUUCUACAUCGACAAAUUUGCACGUCAAUAAUCUCGAUUCUUACUACAAUUCUAUUCAAAUUCCCGAUCAAAUUAUUCUUAUUAAGCAGCUGAAAAUGGCAAUAAAUCGAGAUAAUUUAUUCUAUGAGGUAUAUUUUGUGAUAAUUGGUAAGGUGCCACGUGUUGCAUUUCUUGGGCUAUGUAACGUUAUUAAAUGAUGAAAAGAACUUAUGUUUACGACGUGCGAAAUAAAGGUGUUGAUGAACAUUUUCUGAAAUUUUAUACCUAUUAUUCUAUAGAAUGAAAAAUAUAUAUAUAUAUAACCAGCUUGUAAAUGUACUUACAUAAAUCGAACGCCAUCAUCAGUUGCAGACAGCACGUAACAUGGUAUAGCUUGGUAUAAGGUUUACCAAAUAAUGUUGCAUUGGUGGAAAUUUACAUGCGUGCAAUAAUUAUGUCCCGAUAUAGGAAUCUGUUAAUUCGGAUAGUGCAGUAAAUCUCGUACAAGGCUAUAUUUAUAUCUUAUAUGAUCUUUGAAAUUAAGGAAAAUAAUAGGAUAAAAGGUAGGUUUUAAGGCUGAACCACGUAUACGUAUGUGCUGCGGCACCAGACAACUGUGAUAGCUCGGUGGGCGGUGCCCAGCCUCCUACUUCAUACUUGUAUACUGAAUGAAUACUAAUGAUUAGUAAAUACUUAAAAUUAAGAAUUAUAUAUGUAUAUAUAUGAUACAUAUGGUUCGAACAUAUGCAAAACAAAAUGUUGAUCAAAUUUAUAUUUGAUUAUAUAAUAACACGCGAUUAUCUCAUCCCAUGAAACCUAUUGCAUAAAACAAAAAUUUCUAAAACAACCUGUGUUGUGUAUGUACGGACCUUCAGGCUGAACUUAUCAGGUUAUUUGCACGCAACGUGUAAUUUUCACUUCAGAUUUUAACAUCACUUAUAAUCGACCUAAGGAUGAUAUAUGAUAUAACAAUUUUACACAAUUCAUUUUAUUAUAAAUCCCACAUAUGUACUGCCUAACUCAUUUUCUUAAUUUCACUUGUCGUCUGUCAUUGUCUCCGUAUCUUGAAAGUGUUACAUGCGUUUCUAUUAUUACAGCAAAUAAUUGUAACAAUAACACUGCGUAAACAUUUAUGCGGGAGUGCGUAACUUUUUUCGUUACACGAAGUUAUUAUCAAAGUUUAUUAUUAUCAGCAGUCUUCUUUUUGUUUCAAGUUGUGUACAUUCUUGAACACUUAGUUUAUGGAUUGCUCACUCAGUAUAAAUGUUAAUAAGUGAUGACUUUUCGUUACAAAAAUAUGUGUCAUUCUUUAAUUGUUGAGAAAAGUCAUGUCUUGGGAAAAAUAAUUCGGUAUGACAAUUCAAAUUAUUUCCCCUAUUUCGAUACAAAUCAGAUAAAUUUGAAACUACUCCCUGCUGAGUUGAAAAUGAAGAUUAUAAUGUACACACAGGAAGUAAGAGUAUAUACAUAAUGCAUACAUACUAAAAAAAAUAUUGCCUACUGGUGAAAUCAAAGAAAUGAAUUUCUCUUUUUCUCUCUCUUUUUGUCUCGUGUACAUCCACGCCCUGUUAAUUAAGUUUAUUGAUAAUAAAUGCCAUCACGCUUGCAAAAAUCCCCCAUAUUUUUUACAAUACCAUCUUACACCUUGUACAGUUAUACAUACUUCUUAUAUCUACAAAAAGCUUGAUCAAUUAAAAUUAUUAUACACCGAAAAGUGACUUGCCAAAGAACAAAUAACUUUGUUAUUUUCCUGAAAUUUUGAAGUUGCUUUUGGUUUUAACCACCGUGUUUGUUUAUGAUUUUAAAUGAAAAAGCAACUGAUGCAGUCCCCAAAAUAUUAAGGUAAAUAAUUUUCUAAUGAUAUGAAUCAUAAUAUUGAGUGUAAUAAAUUGUGAAGAUUUUGUGUACAUCAGAAAUACUGGCAUUCAGCGCCUCCAUCUUUAUGACAAGCAGUGCUAUUUGUUAUCACUUUCUGUGUUCAAAGAAUAUUACGUAUAGCUUCGUGUAAAUACUAUUACCUGCAUAAUGGUCUUUUUCAAAAAAGUAUUACAGGUUCUCGAUAGAAAUGGGUAUCUCACCGUCCCCAUAUUUUGAAUGAACAUUUUUAGUUUGAAAAUUUAAGUUCAUCUGUUUUCCAUUGAAGUCAAUAGCAUAAUUCUUCAUCGACGUAUUAUCCACAUUGAAAAGUAACAUACAAAUAGUUGUAGAGCAUAUAAUUACCAGAAGCGAAGAAAAGUUGAAAAAAUAAUCCAGCUGCACCAAUCAAUUGAAUAGUUGAGGAACAUGUGGUGAUGUGUUUGAUUCCCUGUCCAGUUAUAAUGUUGGGUACAUUUUUCAAAUCAUAAAAUUUCAAAGUGUUCUCACCCCAUCAUAUGAUCUGAAUCAGAGAAAUUUGUAGUCACGUAGAAAUAAUGCUGUGAUUAUCAAAUUUAGUACCUUUGUGUUAGCAGUAUGUUAGUUUCACUGUGUAACAAAACCCUUGAGCAAAAAGCAAAUUAAUCUAAAGUAUAAAAAUUAAGUGAUGCCAUGACUUUGUUAUAGAGCCUUUUACAAUUGUGCGAAGCCAAUAUUAUAGUAUGUAGUUUUAGGAUAAGAUAUUAAAGAAAAAAAAAUUGAAAUGUUUAAGCUUUUCUGCAAUUUUCUCAUACUGGUUAUUCUGUGGUUGUUCCAACUUAUAUUUGUCAAGAUUAAUACAGUAUAUGUUGUUGAACAAUAAUGUUCAAUAGUAAUGAUUUUUGAAAAAAAAAACAUGAAGAAAACUUGAAAUGGGAAAAUUGCAUUUAUGAGUAGCGACUCAGUCACCGACGUAACACAGCACUAGUAUUAGACAAGCAGAAUGACAGAUCCACUCAUUUUCAUCUUGUGCUUGAGCUCAAGUGACCACCUUUUCAUGCUUGAUUUUUCAGUCAACUUCGAACAGCUGAUAUUGUUAC